UGCGAGGUGAAAAUGGCUGCAACGGGGGAUGAGGCCGCGGCGAUGGAAAGCAUCUCUAGAGCACCCGCUCCUCUUACCGAGCUUAACCUCACAACCGAGCCCGAUCACAGGAGAGAUGGGGGUGUAAACGACGGGACAGAGAGUCAGGCGCCUGCCCCAAAAAGACCCAGCAACAACAAUGAUGGAGGAGUGGAGACUGCAGAAGAGGCCACUGAGCCUGCUGAACCAGACAUCAAUGAGCUCUGUAGAGACAUGUUUGACAAGAUGUCAGUUUUCUUACAUGGAGAGCUCACAGCCACAUGUGAUGACUAUAAACUCCUGGAGAACAUGAACAAGCUCACCAGUCUGAAGUACAUGGAGAUGAAGGACAUAUCAAUCAACAUCAGCCGCAAUCUGCAAGACCUCAAUCAGAAAUAUGCCAGUUUGCAGCCCUACCUGGAUCAGAUUAAUCAGAUAGAGGAGCAGGUUACAGCUCUAGAGCAGGCUGCUUAUAAACUAGACACAUACUCAAAGAAACUGGAGGCCAAGUUUAAGAAACUGGAGAAGCGGUGAAAUAUUGUGUGUGUGAACAAGAGGAGGACCAGAAACCCCUUUAAAGCAGUUCUUCUGAACUAUAUCAACACACAUAAAUGUAUGUUACACUAUGAGAUUGUCAUAUCCUCUACAUAAGUUAUGGACAGUGCAGCAAGAAAUGUUAAGGGAAUAGUUCACCCAAAAAUGAAAACUGUCUCAACAUUUACCCUCAUGCCACUUUGUCUUCUGCUGAACACAAACUAAGAUUUAUAGAAGAAUGUCUCAACUCUAUAAGUCCAUUCAAUGCGAGUGAAUGGUGGCUAGAACUUUGAAGGUACAAAAAGCACAUAAAGGCAGCAUAAAAGUAAUCCACAUGACUCCAGUAGUUAAAUCCAUGUCUUCAGAAGUGAUAUGAGAGGUGUGGGUGAGAAACAGGUCAAUAUUUAACUCCUUUUUUACUAUAAAUCUCCACUUUUACUUUCACAUACAACUUUUGUUUUUGGCGAUUCACAUUAUUUGUGCAUAUCAUCACCUACUGUACAGAGAGGAGAAUUUAUAGUAAAAAAAGGACUUAAUGUAUCUAUUUCUCACCCACACCUAUCACAUAACUUCUUGAUUUAAACCUGGAGCCAUAUGGGUUCCUUUAAUGCUGGCUUAAUGUGCUUUUUGGACCUCCAAGUUCUGGCCACCAUUCACUUGCAUUGUGUGAACCUUAUUCUUUUAAAAAUCAUUGUUUGUGUUCUGCAGAAGAAAGUCAUACACACCUUAGAUGGCAUGAGGGUGAGUAAAUGAUGAGAGAAUUUAAAUUUUUGGGUGAACUAUUCCUUUAAGUACUAAAUUCACAUAUUGAAUGCUCAUUUAUUAAUCAGAAGUCAAGUUUUGGGUUUGAAAAAUCCAAGCUAGAUGCCCCAAAGCAAAAGCAUAAUGUUGGACAUGCUUGUGGGAGUCAUUUUGAAAUAUGGUCUUAUAAAACUAUAUACUUCUAAAACAACUACUGGUUUCAGUUGAGCCACAUUGAUUUUUGCUAAGUGUAUGCCUCUCCACACUGGAACAGCAUUUUCCUCCAACCAAAAUGGAGAUUGUUUUAAAAACAUUUCUAAUAUUGCAUACUUGGGGAAACCGAAAACCAAAAGUUUUCAACCAAAAAUGUAUUGUGUGCCUAAGGUUUUGAGAUGCAUGAAUACAGGCAAAAGUGUACAGUAUAUUUAAUAAUGCUUGUUAAAUACGUUGCUAAGGAGGAUUGACAUAGUAUGUCUGUUAAAUAGCCCCUUAAUGAUUUAUUAUUAUUAUUAUUAUUGUGUUUGCAUUUAGAAAAGAAAAUGUUUCAUCUGUCUUUGUAUUGCUGUGUAAUUAUUUUCAAAAGCUGUACCUUUACAAAAAAAAAAUAUUUUGCAUAAAAGCAAACCUUGUGUUUCUUACUGUACCGUUAUUCCUUUUUCACAAAGAUAAAUGUGAAAUUUUGUGCAUCCUUGAAUACUGGCAACCUAAAAAUCAGCCAUGACCGUUCAUAUUUGACCGAAAUAAAUUUUAAAAAUGUAAUAAAAUUUCUGAGCAGUACAA